GAGGAGCGCGGAAUUUGAGCAAUACACCGCAGAGUUGCGGCUGCCGUCUCCGCUUGUUCGAGACAGCAACCCUAGGAAAAAGUACUGAUAAGAGGCAAUUGAGAUCAAGGGAGAAUCGCGGGAGGCCGAGCUUUAGCCCUCGUCACCGUUCUCACUGCUUCCGCGCAUCGCGACGCGCGUGUUUCUGGUACUCGAACAUCGUAGUAUAGCGCCAUGAGCGAGGUAACUUAUCUGAACUCGUGAAGAGAGAGAAGGAAACCUCGAGAUCGAGAGUCGAUUAGGUAAAAGUCGACGGGACAUUUGGGCGUGGAAGAAUAGGACGUACUCUCUGGUCUCCGAUCAUUAUCUCUGGUCGCUGCCUUGUUUUUUCGUUGCACUGUUGCUACUGCUGUUCUUCCUGACCUGAAAAGAAGAGGAGGAUAUUAUAGUUGUAACAAUGGAUGAGAGGCAUCUUGAAACUAGGCAUGAUCGUCGUGAAGAGAGGGCUGAUCCUGAUGAUUCUCCAAGAGUAGUUGAUGAUUUGGGGCUAAAUGGAGUUGAAAAGUCUAGCAAGCAUUCUGGGAGAGAGAAGGAUAGGAAGAGAAGUACCAGAGGAGAUGACAAAGACAAAGACAAGGAUCAUAGAGCGAAAGACAGAGAUAGAUCUAGGAAGGCUAGGGAUGAUGUUUCAUCCGAGAAGUUCACUGAGCAAGGCAAAGAUAGGAGCAAGGAUGUCAAGGCAAAGGAUAAAGAUCACGAUCAGGACAAAUCUAGAGAGAAGGAGCGUGAACGAGAUAAAGAUAAGGAUAAAAAGGACCGAGGGAAGGAAAAGGAUAGAGAAAGGGAGAGAGAGACUGAUAAAGAGAGGGGUAAUGAGAAGACUAGGGAUAGGGACCGAGCAAAGGAUAAGGAAAGAGAGAAAGCGAAUGAAAAGCCUAAGGAUCGAGAUAAGCCAAAAGAAAAUGAGAAAGAUGGGGAGAAAGAUAAGGGACAAGAGAAGACUAAAGAAAGAGAAUUACACCAAGGUAAAGAACGGUCAAGGGAUAGGGAUGGAAGCAAAGAUGACAUCCGAGAAGAUCUUGGGAGGCCCAAGGAUGAUAGAAUUCCAGUGGACCGGGGACAUGAUGGACAUAGAGGAAAAGUGACUUUCCGUGAGGAAGAGCAGAAAAAUGAUGAUCGCUCUUCCAGUGGAGGACACACAUCAACAUCUGCACUUAGGGAGCGUAUUAUGAAAAUGAAAGAAGAAAGAACAAGGAAAACAGAUACUGGUUCAGAAAUCCUGUCUUGGGUCAGCAGUAACCGUAAGCUCGAGGAGAAAAGGAAUGCUGCAAAGGAAAAAGCCAAGAGGCUGUCAAAAAUUUUCGAGGAGCAGGAUAACAUUGGUGAAGAAGGAAAUGACGGUGAAGACCAUUCACAUGAUUUAGCUGGAGUUAAAGUCCUAGAUGGCCUUGACAAGGUAAUAGAAGGUGGAGCAGUUGUUUUGACUCUUAAAGAUCAGAGUAUUCUUGCUGAUGGCGAUAUCAAUGAUGAGGUCGAUAUGCUUGAAAAUAUCGAAAUUGGGGAGCAGAAGCGCCGAAAUGAGGCGUACAAGGCUGCAAAGAAGCCAAAGGGCACCUAUGAUGACAAGUUCAAUGACGACCCUAUGGCUGAGAAAAAGAUGCUUCCUCAAUACGAUGAACCAGAAGAUGAGGGACUUACUUUGGAUGGUAGGGGACAUUUCAGUGGUGAAGCAGAGAAAAAACUGGAGGAGUUGCGUAGGAGACUACAAGGUGGUUCCACUAAUAAUCGUACAGAAGAUCUGAACUCAUCAGGAAGAAUCUCGUCUGAUUACUAUACUCAAGAUGAAAUGGUUCAGUUUAAGAAGCCAAAGAAAAAGAAAUCCCUGAGGAAGAAGGAUAAGUUGGAUAUAAAUGCUCUUGAAGCAGAAGCCAUCUCCACAGGGUUAGGCACUGGUGAUCUUGGUUCUAGGAGUGACAGUAGAAGGAAGGCCAGAGAAGAGCAAGAGAGAUCUGAGGCAGAAAAGAGAAAUGCUGCAUAUCAGUUAGCUUUAGCAAAAGCAGAGGAAGCAUCUAAAGCAUUACGAUUAGGACAAACAGUUUCUGCUGUUGCUGAUGAGGAAGCCAAUGAUAUGGGUAUGGACGAGGAUGAAGACGAUUAUCUCCACAAAUCUGUUGAAAGAGCAAGAAAGUUGGCUCUGAAAAAACAAGAGAAGGCUCUAGUUGGCCCUGAAGCAAUUGCUCGUCUUGCCACCACCAUUAGGAACAGUCUGACAGCUGAUGAGCAAAACCCUGCAACUGAAGAAUCACAAGAAGGCAAGGUUGUCUUCACUGAGAUUGAAGAGUUUGUUUGGGGUCUGCAGCUUGAUGAAGAUGCCCACAAGGCUGAUGCCGAAGAUGUUUUCAAUGAUGAAGAUGAUGCAGUAGUAGCUACUCAUGAGCAUAUGGAAGUUAAGGCCGGUGGGUUGCCCGAAGUAAAUGAGACAGUUAAAGAUGAAGACACUACGAUGGAGGAUGCAAAAGAGGUAGCUCCAGAUGAGAUAAUUCAUGAAGUUCCUGUUGGUAGAGGUUUAUCAGGUGUAUUGAAGCUGCUCCACGAGCGAGGGUCCCUGAAAGAAAGCAUUGACUGGGGUGGUAGAAAUAUGGAUAAGAAAAAGAGCAAGCUUGUUGGCAUUGUAGACACUGAUGACGCGAAGGACAAGGACAAGGGCAAGGAGAAGAAUAAGGAUAAGGAUAACGAUCGGUUUAAGGAUCUUCGUAUUGAGAGGAGAGAUGAAUUUGGGAGAAUCAUGACACCAAAAGAGGCAUUUAGGAAGAUCUCUCAUACAUUCCAUGGCAAGGCCCCUGGGAAAAUGAAGCAAGAAAAGCGGAUGAAGCAAUAUCAGGAAGAACAGAAGUUGAAGCAAAUGAAGAAUUCAGAUACACCUUCAUUGUCCGUGGAGAGGAUGAGGGAAGCUCAGGCGCAGCUACAGACACCAUACCUCGUUCUUAGUGGUCAUGUGAGACCUGGGCAAACGAGCGAUCCAAGGAGUGGUUUUGCAACGGUAGAAAAGGAGUUUCCUGGGGGAUUGACUCCAAUGCUUGGUGACAAAAAGGUUGAGCAUUUCCUGGGGAUAAAACGCAAGCCUGAGCACCGGGAUGACAGCGCGCCUAAGAAACCCAGAACUUGAUUAAACUUCCAUCUCUUGCUGCUACAUUACGUACCGGUCUAGUAGAGAGAAGUUUCUCGUCAGAGUAUGACCUGGUUAUUGCUCGCCGUUUUCUCUUAUGACUUUAAACAUGUUAUGAUUACCAGUGAAUUCUGAAAGUUCAGUUGCACCAAAUUUUUGCAGAGAUGGGAUGGUAUUUGGGUAAACUUUGCUGAUACUGUUGUCUGCAGUGCCCAUAGACAAUGUUGCUGCAGUAAAUACUAAAUAGUAAGUUUCAACUGAAAGAUUUUUUGUUCUUUCCCCGUCUCAAAUUGCUUUAGUUUGCCUGGUAUUUGAGCUUUGCUGAUACUGAGGUGUGGUCCUGUGGGAGUGAGAUUCUCUGGCUGCUGAUGCGGCCGAAUUCAUCGAGCUAGCUUAGUUCUGUUUGAUGUUUCCACAACGUGCUGCUCAAUAGGUCAUAGUGUUGAAUCUGUGGUGGAUAAUUAGGCAAAGUCUAUCAAGUUCUAUCUUGUGCAUUAUUUUUUACCAUUGGACACCAACAAUAGUGAAUAUAAUAGAGGUACUAACAAGUGGCUGCAAAGUCGUCGUCCCACUUUGAUCAGUGGUGCUGUACUAAUGUCGUCUUUCCCACUAGGGGUUGCAUCCAAUUUCCUCCACUUUCUAAGGUCCUCCCUGUAGGAUGCUGACAAACAAAGGAAAUCCUAUAUCUAGGAGGGUUGUUACAUUUUAGCCUUUCAAUCUGGAUUUCUGUUUUAUGGACAGGACAGGUCGAAGUUGGAAAUUACUUGCAGUUGUCAAAUUGUGUGUUUUGGUUCUUUUCAAGUUUUUGGUUUCAGUUGCUUUCUUUUCCCUGUUUUCAGAGUGACCU